AUGGCCCAAGCCGGAGGUGCUGCGAGCAUCAUCACCCAGGUCUCUCAGGGUGGUCCUGCUCCCAUCAACACAAACACCUUUCACACUUCUCCCGAUGAGCACAUCAACAUCGACCUGAGAGGCACCCGCUUCACUCUCUCCCGCGAUGAGCUCCUCACUCUCCCCGAGUUUGUGCUUUUGUCGCUCUUCCCUAAUGGACUCCUCCCCGAAGGUCACAUGAACUCGUUCCACGAGCCUGACGUUUAUCCCGUCGAUGUUAGUGCCGCUCCGCGCCUCAUUUCCUCCUUCCAUCCUCAAGACAUUGCUGCUCUUCAAAACGUCCUCCAAAACCAUGAUGUAUAUUUAUCUGACUCGAUCUAUCUUUCCCAGUAUGACCCCACUUCUCUGCAAUACAUGCUAGAAUUCUUCCGAUCCGUCGCUCAAACAAUCCCCACUUCCCCCACCGAAGACUCCCCAUCUCCCUUCUCGGGCGAUCAAGCCCCUGUGCCCAUUGAGCCCAUGCAAGGUAAUGCUAGAGAUAUGCUGCAGGACAGAGCUGGCAUCAUCGUCUUGCGUGAAGAUCUCGACUUUUACGUAAUUCCUCCAAGGCGCGACAUUAGUCACCCUGAGAUGGUCCAGGUCAAGCGUGCUGCUGGUCGCGCUCUGUUGAAGCAGGGUGGUAUCUUCAGUGGCCUUCGUAAGAGCGAGGAGCCUGGCACCACCGAGCAACAUCUUAUCGAGAUGUUGACCGCUGGCGGCUUCAACCACGACGAUACCUGGGGUCACCGUGCUGGAGAGCCCAACAAGGCCGUAAUUUGCAGUAUCGCUCUGGCUCGUCUUCGCACUGACGUUCGUGGAGACGCCAACUCUAAUGCUGUUGGCAUGGCACAGAAGCUACUAUUGUUCUGGCGCAAACCCGCACGACGAUGCUGGUGGGAGGGUGUUGAUCUUGAAAAUGUCGAGGGCAUUGACGGCACACUCAAAGUUUGGAUCCGCAGAGUCUGGACCCUUGAGAUGAGCGUUAUUGGUCUCCGCUAA